AUGGCGGAGGGAAAGAAAAUACAUAUAGAGGAGAGAGGUAAAAUGGAUAAGAGUGAUGAGGUGGCAUGUCACGUGGCAUCCACCUCAUCAGAUGUGUUGACAAAUUGGGUUGAGAACUUUCUUAAACUUUUCUUCAUUUCUUUGAUUCCUUGCUUUGGUGCUGUGAAGAAAGUUUACAGGGCAUUUGACCUAGAAGAAGGCAGAGAUAUGGCCUGGAAUCAGAUUAAAUUGAGCAAAUUUAGCGACACGCCUUACAUCAUUAAGAAAAUCCAUUCGGAGAUAGCGCCGUUGAAGAACUUAAAGAAUGAGAACAUCAUAGUACUAUAUCAUUUCUGGAAAGACAAAGCACAUAACAUCCUCAAUUUCAUCAAUGAGGAAUGUGCUUCUGGUAAUUUGAGGGAUUAUAGGAAGAAGCAUCGUCACGUUUCAAUCAAGGCGUUGAAGAAGUGGUCUAGGCAAAUACUAGAGGGGUUGGAUUAUCUACACACACAUGAACCUUGUGUCAUUCAUAGAGACCUCAAUUGCAGCAACAUCUUUAUCAAUGAGAAUGUUGGAAAGGUAAAAAUCGGUGAUCUUGGAUUGGCUACAAUUGUGGGGAAGAUUCAUGCAGCACAUACCUUGCUAGGGACACCAGAGUAUAUGGCACCAGAACUAUAUGAGGAGAGCUACAUAGAGUUGGUGGAUAUUUACUCAUUUGGAAUGUGUUUGCUAGAAAUGGCCACUAUGGAAAUACCAUAUAGUGAAUGUGACAGUGUAGUGAAGGUAUACAGGGAGGUGACAUCUGGAAUAAUGCCUCAAGCUUUCAAGAAAGUGAGCGAUCCAGAAUUGAAGGCCUUCAUAGAAAGGUGCAUUGGGAAACCAAGAGCAAGACCAUCUGCAGCUGACUUGCUCAAGGAUCCAUUCCUUUUUGAUGUUUAAUAUGAGAAUGAUCUCAACUGUUGACGCCCUUCGUUUAAAUACGUACAAGUUAUUGAGAUUAUUAUUCUUUUUACCUCAAGCUUCUUCAGAAAAUCAUUUCUGUAAGGAUUUAAGUUAGAAUGU